AUGCCUAUUGCCCUCGUCCGCUAUGCAGCGACAGAACCACUCUUUACAGGAGCUCUGCUGGCUGCUCUGACCAGAGCACCAGUUCAAUACCGAUCACGCUUGCUCAAGCUUCUGGGCGAUGCCGGACUGUCGUCCGAACGGACUGCCCUCUUGAUCAAGUCGCUGAAGUACCUGCUCGCCAUCGGCGUGGCCAGAAAGCUCAACCAAGCACUUGACAAACUUGCCCUCAACCAUUGGAAUUUCUUUGGGAAGCCAGGCGCGCCGUUCAAUUGGAGUGCCGUGAACAAGUCCGAACUGGUUGUCAUCACUGGCGGAUGUUCCGGUUUUGGAUAUGAAAUGGUCAAGGGCUUCUCCAGGCAUGCCAGGGUUGUCAUUCUGGACAUCUCUCCCCUCCCAGAAGAGCUGAAGAGAAUCCACGAUGUACACUACUACCAGAUCGACCUGACGGAUUUUAUCGCCAUAGAGUCAACAGCCGACGCCAUCCGCAGGGAGCAUGGUGAUCCGACCGUCUUGAUCAACAAUGCCGGUAUAGCGACUGCCACCAGGAUCAUCAACACCGAUGCAAAGUUGAAUGACCGAAUCUUCAAAGUCAACCUUGCUUCUCACUUCAUCCUGAUCAAAGAGUUCCUGCCCGCUAUGCUGAAAGCGCGGAAGGGCCACAUCGUCACCAUCGCGUCCAUGGCCAGCUUCAUGGCCGCACCGGGCAUGGUGGACUACUGCUGCACAAAGGUUGGAGCAUUCGCAGGGCUCCGAAACGAACUCCGCGUGUAUCACGGGGCCGAAGGCAAAUGCAUUCAGACGUCGUCCGUCCACCCCUCGUGGCAUGCAACCGGUAUCGUCAAGCCCUUCGAAGACAAGCUGGAGAAGUUCGGCAUCAAAUGUGACCCGGCGUCGAAUGUGAGCGACGCCGUCGUCGAGCAGGUCCUCGCCGGCAGGAGUGGCCGGAUUUUCGUGCCACGGGCGGAAGAGCGCAGUACGGGCGUGAGGAAUUUCCCCGUUUGGGUGCAGGACGCUCUCAUCUGGAUGAGUCAGAAGCGAUUUCAGUUUUGA